AUGGCAACUUUUGAAGAAAGAGAAAAGUCGAAAAUUUUGAUAGGCUCUAUGAAGAACUUUAUUGACCCAUAUUUUAUUAAUAAGUCAUCCGAACAAUGGGACUUGUGUUCUUUUGCCAAGUCAUUUGAUGAAUCUGUAUUUAACAGGAAAAACUGCUUAUACUUUUAUAAGGAAGGAUUGCAGAAUAUUAUCAAAUCACCCGAUUUUGAUGGCGAGCAAAAGGCUAAGGCGAAAGAAUUUCUCAAUACUUAUGCAGCUCAAAAAAAGCAAAAUUCAAAAAUGCUAGAAGCUCUCGAAAAUAAGGCUAAUUCUUGUUCGGCUAGAUCGGCUAUUUUUCAAGACAGACUUUCACUAUUAGUUAACAUCGCAAAAUCUGCCAACGCCACAUUAAAUACGACAUUCACCCAAGCAGAUAUUUCAGUGAGUGGAUCAAAGACACCGGAACAACAAAUUAUGACUAGAACUACAGGAUAUGAUACAUCCCCAGAACAAUCUCCUGAAUAUAUUCCGAGGCUCAUUUUCAACCAAGUUGACUCAAAUCCAUCCAUAGCCGGCAACAAACAUUACCUUGAUUCUGAAGAGGAAGAUGAUACUGAAGAAGAAUACAAUGCAAAUCAGACAAUAAUUGGCGGUCAAAAUGCUUCUUGGAUUGUAAACAGUCUUGACAUUCGACAAAAAUUCACUGAAUACCAGCUAAAAACAGAACUAUCAAAAACUAAGCCGGAGUACUACGAUGUAAUUUUCUUUAAUGCUAUAGAUAAAAAUAGUUUUUUAGAAACAUUAGGAGAAGAUACAGUUGCACUAAUGAAUAAAGACAUAAGGGAGGAGGAGAAAAAAAUGCCAAACAAUAUAGAACAAGAGAUUAAAUCAUUAUUUAAUGAAAUUAUUUCUCGUGAUAUUAAUAUGACUAAAAAGAAACUUAAACAAAAGGAGUGCAACGAUUCAUUUGAAAUAAAUUUUGCUUUGUACUUUGUGAAUCACAUGAUAGAAAUGAUGGAAGACACAAACUUGCUUCUUGAACCCAUAUCAGAAGGAACUUACAUAGUUAGCAUUUUAGCGCCAAUCCUUAAUAAAUUUUUUAUCAAAAAUAAAAAGAGCUGGCGUGCACAAUAUGGAGAUACUUGCCUUAAAGCGAGUGCCAGAGACUGCAAUGCUCAGAAGGAAGAUGAUAAACAUAGGUCUCCUGGUAGGAAGAUCGACACGAUUAUUACAUUAAAGGAGGAGGAUGAAGAAUUUUCCAUAGUUGAGGUUAGCGGACCUCCGUCAAAACAGGAUUGGACACAUUUCAAAGGAGAUAGAAUGAAGAUCACAAAAAUGCUCAAGACUUUAAUGAAUAGAUUCGCAGAACUACGCCCAAAUUCUAAUAUUAGAACGCUCUUGAUAUUUACAGCAUAUCAGUUGAUUAUCUACGAAUUCCGACUUAAAUACUCUGAAGUUUACACAAUGGUAGAAGUAUUAAAAAUUCCUAUUCCAAAGACCUGGAAAGAUAUGAGAAAUGCCUAUGAUACCCGUCUAUUGAAUGAAAGUUCGGAAGACAUACAAAGCUUUUUGUGGAAUGAUGACGAUAUGG